AGGGCUGCUCGGAGGGCAGGGCGGCGGGGAGCAGCGCCGGUGCCGGGGCUCCCACUUUCCCAGCCUGCUUCCGCGCUGCCCAUCAUGCUGGGAGACCACAGCAGUGUCCCCACAGACCGGGCUCUGCUCAGCCAGCCCCCGAAGACCGGGCUCAGCUGCAAGAUGGUGCUUCAGGCAGUCGGCAAAGUGCUCAGGAAGUCCAAAGCCAAGCCCAACGGGAAGAAGCCCGUCGCCGAGGAGAAGAAGGUGUACCUGGAGCCGGAGUACACCAAGUCCAGGAUCACCGACUUCGGGUUCAAGGAGCUGGUGGUGCUGCCCCGGGAGAUCGACCUCAAUGAGUGGCUGGCCAGCAACACCACGACGUUCUUCCACCACGUCAACCUCCAGUACAGCACCAUCUCAGAGUUCUGCACGGGGGAGGCGUGCCAGACGAUGGCCGUGUGCAACACACAGUACUACUGGUAUGAUGAGCGGGGCAAGAAGGUGAAGUGCACGGCCCCCCAGUACGUCGACUUUGUCAUGAGCUCCGUGCAGAAGCUGGUGACCGACGAGGACGUGUUCCCCACAAAAUACGGCCGCGAGUUCCCCAGCUCCUUCGAGUCCCUGGUGAAGAAGAUCUGCAAGUACCUGUUCCACGUGCUGGCGCACAUCUACUCGUCGCACUUCAAGGAGACCCUGGCGCUCGAGCUGCACGGACACUUGAACACGCUCUACGUGCAUUUCAUCCUCUUUGCCCGCGAGUUCAACCUGCUCGACCCCAAAGAGACGGCGGUCAUGGACGACCUGACGGAGGUGCUGUGCGGCGGCGGCGGCGGCGGGGGCCGCGGGGGCGGGGACGGGGCGGGCGGGGCGGCGGGCGCACAGAACCACGUGAAGGAGAGGUGAGCCCGGCCGCCCGAGUGCGGAGAGGCGGCGCGCGGAGUGUGGGCGCGGGCGCUCUGUGCCGCCGGCACCGAGAACUUUGGGACUCCGCUCAUCUGCUCAGCAGACACUUAGGGACCGCCCCCGUCCAAGUCCCCUUCUGUGGGUCCGUCUCUCCCGGUCUUCUGCGCCUGCCCCGCCACCUGGCUCGGCCUCCGGGGAGACACGCGACAGGCGGGGCUCCUUCCCCCGAGGUGGGGACCGCAGACUUCGCUUCCACCGUGUUUCGUCUUGGUUAGGGCUGGGGGUGGCCUUCUCCUCCUCUCUCCCGCUUGGUCUGGACCUCGGCUGUUGGUGGCUCAGGGCGGGUGGGGAGGGGGAGGCCGCAGAGCACCGAACUGCGGCCCUGUCUCCCUGCGCUGCCCCCGCUGCCCAGGAGGGGCCCCCUGGGCUGCCCAGCUCGGAUCCCGGUGCCCUGGCGGGCGGCUUGUGCGGAGACGCGGUCGGGGGCAGGGGGAGAGCCUGGCUUCCCUGUGCGGGUGUAAUAAAAAGACUUCUCUCAGGU